AUGGAACCAGAAAACAGCACAUGGGUGUCCGAGUUUGUCCUCUUAGGGUUCUCAAAGACCCAGGAGCUCCAGAAAUUCCUGUUCCUGGUAUUUCUACUUGUCUAUGUCACCACCAUUGUGGGAAACCUCCUCAUCAUUGUCACAGCGACGUUUGACUCCCGGCUCCACAUGCCCAUGUUUUUUCUGCUUCGAAAUCUGGCUGUCAUAGACCUCUGCUGUUCCACAGUCACUUCUCCAAAGAUGCUGGUGGACUUCUUUCAUGAGACCAAGACUAUCUCCUACCAGGGCUGCAUGGCCCAGAUCUUCUUCUUCCACCUCUUGGGAGGUGCCACUGUCUUCUUUCUCUCGGUCAUGGCUUAUGAUCGGUACAUAGCCAUCUCCCGGCCCCUUCACUAUGUCACCAUCAUGAACACUCAAUUGUGUGUGGGGCUGGUGCUGGCUGCCUGGGUCGGGGGCUUUGUUCACUCCAUUGUCCAGCUGGCCCUGAUGCUCCCAUUGCCUUUUUGUGGUCCCAAUGUCCUGGAUAACUUUUACUGUGACAUUCCACAAAUGUUGAGACUUGCCUGCACAGACACCUCCCUCCUAGAAUUCCUUAUGAUCUCCAAUAGUGGGUUGCUGGUUCUUAUCUGGUUCCUUCUCCUUCUGAUCUCUUAUACUGUUAUCCUGGUGAUGCUGAGGUCCCACUCAGGAAAGGCAAGGAGAAAGGCAGCAUCUACUUGCACCACCCACAUCAUCGUGGUGUCUAUGAUCUUUAUUCCCUGCAUCUACAUCUACUUCCGGCCCUUCUCCCCCUUCCCAUUGGACAAGGCUGUGUCCAUCAGCUACACAGUCAUGACUCCCAUGCUCAACCCCAUGAUCUACACCCUGAGGAACAAGGAGAUGCAGGCAGCCAUGAAGAGGUUAGGCAGGCGACUAGUGAUUUGUAACAGGGAGUAUACUUUAAAUAGGUUGCAUGUAAAUGACAAAUCUUCUUUCUGA